UUCAAACAUGGCGGCUGCAAUGCUUGGAAACAGAACUAAAUCUAUUGGAUUGCCCUUCGUGGCUUCGAUUACAAAGUUGAAACUCAUUUGUAACUUGUCCAACAUGGCUGCACGUUGUAAAGCUGGGAGAAAUAAGUUAUAUAAAGUCAAGCCAAGCACCAGAAAACUCAUGAUAACAGAGGAAAUCAGAAAUGUGUUUGAAAUGAAUAACAUGGUGAUUGUUUGCCAAUUCAGUGACAUGAAUACAGCCGAAUGGGAAGAUUUACGAUACACCCUUGGCAAGGAUGAAAUCAUGGUGAAGAUGUUCCCAAACAAAAUUACAUGCAAGGCUUUGGAAAAUACCAAAUACAGAGAGAUACUACCUCUGUUUCUGGCUGCAACAGUUGUCACAUAUUCCAAAGAAGCAAAAGUGAAGACAUUACUCACAGAACUUAAGAAACAGCCAAAAAUGGGGAUAUUGGGCGGAAAAGUUGAUGAGAAGCUUCUUUCAAGAAAAGAUGUGGUAGAUUACGCUAAGUUGCCACACUUAACUGAACAAAAUGGCCAGUUAUUGCACAUGGUGACAGAACAUUCUAGAAGGCUCACAACACUUCUUGAACAAAACCAAAUGAAUCUAAUCACAAAUUUGACACAAUAUGUCACUGAGGAUGAAGUAAAAAGCUGAAAGACCUCCCUUCCUUCCCUCCCUCCUUUGACUGUGUAAAUUUAACUUGCAAUGAAUGUCCUUGAUAAUUUUUAGUUCACUGGCUGUCUCUCAGAGUAAUUUUUCACAACUAUAUCAUGUCUGAUUGUUAUUUGUCAGUAAUGCUUACAGAAUAAGUUAUUGUAAAAAGAGGGAGAAGAAUUGAGAAGAAAUGAACUAGAAUCGUUGUGUUUGUUCUCAACUUUCCCAAUAGCUUGAUGAAUAAUGGUACGUGAUAAAUGAUCUUGCCUUUUUCACAAAUGUUGUUGGGUUGGACAGGAGUAUGACAAGAAAGUGGGCACGAACAAGCAUCUCAAAGCUCAAACUGUAAACCAAGACAAAGGUGAAGAUCUCUCAAUACCAGUGGUGAACUUUCUCCAUUUGUCUUUCCACUAAUGAGUGCUUGAAUUAAAAAUCUUGAAGAUUA